GCUGAAACAAUAGCAGGGUCCAGGAACUCUUAAACCAGCCACUGCUGCAAUUUAUCACUUCCCACCCCAGCUAGGAAAUGUCGGUUCUGCCUGUAAGAACAUGGAAAUUUCACAAAUCCCAUAAGCUAAGAAGCUCAGUGUACGUGGCUGAUGAAACAUUGCAGGUUACAUUCCUCAGUAGUCAUGCAGUAGCGGCUGUAUUGCUUCAUACAAGUCCUUGGCGUGACCUUCUACAUUUGAAGUGGAAAAAACUUACCCAAAGGACGAGGCAGCAGUUAUGCUGCCAAUAUCUACAGACAUCCACAUUGUAAUUAAACCCAGUGGCCUGUUCGGCUUUUUUUCUGUUAUGAAAUCCAUGUAAGCCGCCUACUCUGGUUUUUAAGAAAGCAAUCCUGCCAUCACAGACUGCUCUAGGUAUCCUCUAUUAACUGAUUGGUAGCAUCUCAUUCGACCAAGUGCUCUUCAGUUUGCUUUCACUUUUGCAUUAUCAUUCGUGCUUUACUUAAAUGUGUCUCUCCUACAUAUCAUUCUACCAUUCGUGCUUCAAUACAACAAUUUGGAGUUGGAACCCAUUGCUUGGGUGUCGGUUCUAUCACCAAAUAUGCAGCAGAAGCAACAAAUAUUAUUUUACUUGAGAUAUCUGAUUCAUUCUCCUCUCUUUUGUUUAUUUAUGUUUGCUUUCAUUGUCGGCCAGGUUAUUGAGAAAUAAAUCUAAAAUUGGGACCUUGCUGGUUGUGAUUAGUUCUCUCCAUACUGAACUAUGUUUGGUUCAUUUAUCUUAAAGAACUGUAAUUUUUCAGGUAAAAGAUUUAUGGCAUUUGUGACCUACAUCAAGAACUUCCCAUCAUAAGCUUUGGAGAAAGGGUGAUAUUGAUUCAACAAUAGAAAAUAUUUGCCAUCGAAGUAGCCCCAACCAGGGUUAUGCAAUCUUGAUUUGAUUGUUCUGUUUUCAGGUGAAGUGCACCACUGGAGCUCAGAGUUCUCAUUGUGUUAUGAACACAGCUGAUGCACUUUGUGAUCUCCUACCAGUACCAUUUGCUAUCA